GCGUCAAAGGGCAAUAGCCACUACGCUCGGUACCUCGCCACCGUCGUCCAUCGUCGCCGUCCACCGAGCCGCGCCGCUAAAGAACUACCAGCCCAACCUCUUGCCUGUGGUCGAUCGAAGAGCACCAGCAUGUACUCGUCCUACUCGAAGGCGCCCAAGAAGGCGCAGGAGUCCGGCCGCCAGUCGGUCUUGACGGACCACGAGGCGCUGCACCGCGAUGCGCGCGUGCACGAGUCGAUCCAGUCGAACGAGAGCCGCCUCACGCCGUUGGACCUCGAGACGAUCCUCUCCAACAAGGGCGUCGUCAAGUACUGGUACCUCCACCGCCCCAAGACGAUGCAAAUCGUCCACGAAAACGCCGUGAAGGUGCAGUCAGUGGGCCGCGCGUUCGCCGUCCGCUCGCUCAUCAAGAAGUAUGGCAUCAACUACACGGUCGAACUCGCCAAGCGCGACGCGGAGAAGAAGGAAGCGCUUCGUCUCGCCGAGAUGAGCGAGGAGGAGCGCCGCUUCCACGCCGAAGAGACGGCUGCGUUUGACGCGCGUGUCGAAGAGACGCGUCGCCUCAAGCGCCAGCAGACGGCCGCAGAAGAAGAAGAAGAGCGUCUCCGCCUCGAAGAGCUUGCCCGGCAAGAUGCAGAACGUCGCGAACGCGAAGCCAUGAUUGCUGCCGCGGCCUUGGCUGCGGACGAAGCUGCGCGCGCCGAAGCCGCGCGUCUCCUCGCUGAGAAGGAAGCCGCCGACAAGCUCGCGGCCGACCAGGCGGCGGCGGCUGCUGCGGCCGCUGCGCUCUUGGCGGCGGAAGAAGCGGCCGCUCGUGAAAAGUACGAAGCCGAAGUCGCCGCGGCCAUCGCGGCGCAAGAAGCCGAAGAGAAGGCUGCCCUCGAACGCUACGAGGCGGAAGCUCGCGCGCAGGACGAAGCCGACGAAAUGGCCGCCGAGCUCGCGCGCGAGGCCGAGCGCCGCGCCCUCGAACAGCGCGAGGCUGAGGAGCGCGAACGUGCGCACGCGGCCAUGCUCGCCGAGAAGGCGGCCCGCGAGGCCCGCGCGAUCCGCGACGCGGAAAAGCAGGCCAAGUACGAGCAGUCGCUCUCCAAGGACGUGCCUGUCAUCGUGACGGGCCAAGGCCGCGGCCGCGUCCUCUUCUACGACCGCGAAGCCGAGACGUACUCGGUGGCGAUCGACCAGUUUGGCAACGACACGGAGGUCAUGGAGGUCGACCCAAACCACGUGAUCCUGGACGGCGAGCGCAUCUUGUCGCCGCGCACGCUGGUCGACACUCCGUUUGGCGUCGGCGAGGUCGUCGGCAUGGACCCGCACCUCGGCUGCUACGCCGUCGCGAACCUCCACGGCGGCCACAGCGACGAGCCCAACUCGUAUGCGCCGCAAGCCUAUGUGCAGAUCGCAGACGUGGCCCGGCACAAGGAGCGUGCGAGCAGCGUGAUUAUUGAAGAAGGUCUGGUCAUGCCCGAGGAGAUUGGCUUGGCGUCGGCGCGCAUCGUCGACUCGCGCAUUGUGACCCGCGGCGGCCAAAAGUACGUGCAGUACAAGCUCGAGAUCCAGACGACCAACUUUGGCACGGUCUACUGCUGGAAGCGCUACUCGACGUUCCGCGCGCUCUGCGACCGGCUCCAGAAGGAGGCCGGCUUCAAGAAGACGGAGAUCCCGCAGCUGCCGAAGCGCCACAUCCUCGGCAACCUCUCCCAAAAGACGAUUGGCGAGCGCGCCGACAAGCUCAACGAGUUUCUCGACGCAGCCGUGCGCGCCGAACACCUCCAGUGGGGCAUCAAGGUCGACGACACCAUCGCGGUCUACAAGCGCCGCGUCAAGAAGCCGCGCGCGACGACGACGGCGAGCUCGCGCGGCGCGCCGCCUCCGUCGAGCCGCCGGCGAUAAGCAGCUAAGGCUUGUACAUACACCCAUUCCU